AUGACUUUCAUCCACAGACUACCACUGCACAUUGUUUCUAGCAUCUUAGACCAGCUAGACACCAUUGCAGAGCUUGGCAUCGCUAUUCGAAGCCACCGCAUAUUCUACAACGCUUUCAAAUACAACGCUCAGACAAUAUGUCGCAGCAUUCUAUCAAGCCAAAUACCACCCAACUUGUUUCCGUACGCGAACGCACUCCUCGAAUCAAGUGUAGUCGACCCAAGCAACCAUGAUUCCGUCAAAGAUCUUCUUCGACGACUGCAAUCUCGCAUCAAGAACGAUCCUAAAUCUUUGGAACGAUUCACCGUUACUGCGUAUGCUGCUCUCAGCCGUGCUUUGGCAGCUGUCGAAAUCCUGAGAGAGGAUUUGGUCUCGGAGGCGCUUCCAUUGUUCAUGAGUAGCUUCGAGGCAGACCAUGCGUCAGGGGCAUCGCAGCAGGAAAUCUUCCGGCUCAAUAGAGCUUUCAUGAGAUACCAGAUCAUGUGCAACCUAUUCUGCACCCCCUAUGACGUGGGCAGUCGCCUUAUUGACGAAUAUAUAACACAAUACUUCUUCCACCCUUUCUCGCCCUGGGUCAACGAGCAGAUCCUCUGUGUAUACAGGUAUCUCGAACGCAAGGUCGCUGAGGGUCAGCCGCUUCAACUUGAUCUUGAAGGGUGCAGACUUGUACUGAUCAUGUUGACAGCCUACGAUGAUGUUGCCGCUCACGAUGUGGACUGGGGCAAAGUGCCCGUCGAGUGGGACUAUGACGCCAACGUCUGCUCUAUGAUACAAUGGAAUAUUGAGAACCUGAGUUCAUGA